GUUUGUGAACUUUAGUUUGAAAAUGUGGUCUCAAUCGAAAAGACAUAACCUCAAACCUGAAGUAUGGGCGGAGAGGUAUGCUGAAAGAGAAACAGGCUCAAAAGUUAACCUUGAGUGAGCUUUAAAGGUAUGGUUUUGGAGUAUGGUAAAUUAGUACCUAUGUAUUUUAAGUAAGCUUGGAAUGUUAAAACACUGUAGGUUAUUGUUGAACCGAUUUGACCAAGAAAUGGGCUGCAUAGACCUUGCAUGGCAAGUUACAUAAAAUUUUAUUGAUCUAACCUUUAGGGGUGGUCAAUAGUACCUAACAUAUUUUUUUAAAUCGCGAGUGAAUCCCACCGCCCCGUUAGCCGCCAUCUUGAAUUUAAAGGAGAACGGAGAACCAUUUUUGCUCAAUAUAGGUACCCUUCAUUUUCAACUUUUUGACAAAAAUGCUAUAUACAUCGACCUUGACAAUGAAGACAGCGAUGAUGACGAAAAUAAGGAAUAUUCCAUGUGGUCUGAACUACCGGAUCUGCUUCUAGAAAAAAUAUUCGCUUUCUUAAAUAUCAGGGAAAAAUAUUACGCAAGUUUAGUAUGUAAAAGUUGGUACAGAGCCUUCCAUUUGCCUUACGUUUGGAGUCGGUUCAUUCUGGAAGAUAAUACACUCACUAGAAGCAGGUUUAAUUACUACAGCGGAUGGCAGUAUGUUUUGGAUCAUGUCAGGUGCCAAUCAUGUCUUGCAGGCUACGGAAAGCAUUUCAAACACUUGACAAUAAGACCAAUGUUUAAUUUUUACAAUCUAUACGAAUUUAUGAACAUGGUUUCUUGGUAUGCAGAACAAAGAGAACAAAAGGAAAAUGUAGAGCUGGGUGUAGGUAGCAAUAUCAAAUUUUUUAAGUUUACUUUCCCUUGUAAUAUGACAGCAAGGGAUGAUACGGAGAGGAUUAGGUUAUUUGGAACUGGAGGUAAAUUACUUCAAGCCAUCAAACGAUUGAUGGGCAAUUUAAAAAGGCUAGAAAAUUUACAUUUAAUAGAUUUGAUGCUCGAUCCCAAAGAAGCUCAGUAUUUGUUGGACGAAGUUUGUGAGUCACAAUAUUUAACUCUAAAGACAUUAUUUUUGAUAAAUACGACAAAAGUUCAAUAUCAGCUGCUUCAUGUUGGUGUCUUUUUAAAUCUGAAGGAACUACACAUAAGUCCUCAAAAUCUUGGAGAUGAUUUAAUCGAACUACUUGGCAAUACCAAAUUGAAACACUUACAUAUCGUUCAAAAUAGAUAUACAUCAACCGAUGUUAUCAUUAUACCUGUAUCUCCAGAUAGUUGGAAAAAGUGCCGAAAAGAAAACACUGGUCUCAGUGUACAUUUGCAUCUACAAAGUAUGAAAGAAAAGCCGUUAAUCUGGCAACAGGGCGCUCCAGUUAGGUCGUUAGUUUACGAUUCCCCACACAUCGGUAUACGUACAGAUGCACUGAUUACCGCUAUAGACUUUUAUGGUAAGGAUUUAAGAAUUUAUGGCCACAAGAAUAUACCAAGGUUUCACAGAUCAAAAUCGUUUUCUGAAAGAAUGGAUCAAAAUUUAAUGAUGCUCAUUAGACAAUGCCCAUUUCUUUCAACAUUGGUGGUGACAGAACGUAUCUCAACAACUACAGUCUUACUUCUCGCUUACCAUGGCAAAAACCUAAAGUGGUUGUUUAUACGUGGCAACGCUGUGAUAAUCAAGACUGACUGGAAGCAGGGACCUGAUUGGACUGACGAGUUCUACUCGUGGUUAAAAACAAACAGCCGAUCUUAUAAUUUGGUGGAGAAGGAAGUUUCCCAAAUAUUGGGCUAUAAAUGGAAGUUUUUGACAGACAAACAAUUUAAAACGCUGGAAUUUAACGUCCAUGAUUACUGAGAAUUAAACUGUUAAAGUGAAAUUAUGCAAUUUAGUACUGAUGCGUUACUUAAUCGUCAAAACGAGCCAGAGAACAAAAUACUUUGCGAUGAGAGAUAAAUAAGUUUUCUUGAUAUAUACUUAUAAAGAGAGAGUGUUGUAUAAAUUACGAAGAGUACAUAAAUAUUGUUCAAAUUAAAGGGACAAUCCCAGUAACUGGCUGUAUACCAUUGUUAUAAACCUUACAUAGAAGUAAAAACUUGGAUUUGUAUACUUUGUAUAAAAAUUUAUUAAAACUUUUAAAAAGUCAUCUAAAUGGAGUAAAACAACGUUUUCGAUCUAAUAUCAAAUCAUCCUCGGUGCAUUCCGUGUAGUAAAUGAAACUAGUUCACUAGUUGGAUUUGUGACAUCAAAAAUAUAUGGUUUUUGAUUACAUUUAAAAUCAUUAGUAAUGCGACCCUAGUUCGAUGUUAAUGGAUUUUGAUAUACUUGAAGAGCAACAUGGUUUCCUUUCUCUUUCUGUCAAUUAGACUGACACAAACCCUGUUUGUGUCAGUUUAACUGACAAAUACCGUGUAUUUUGUUCGAGAAAAGAAACCAUGUUGCUCUUAUUAAGUAUAUCAAAAACAUGGUUUCCUUGCUCGAACAAAACACACGGUACUUGUCAGUUAGACUGACACAAAAAAGGUUUGUGUUAGACUGACACAAACCCUCAGUCUAACCGACAAGUACCGUGUGUGCUUUGUUCUAGCAAGGAAACCAUGUUGCUCUUAAGUAUAUCAAAAUCCUCGACCUAGGUAGGGUCUCAUUACUAAUUUUAAAUGUAAUCAAAAACCAUAUAGGUAUUUUUGAUAUCUCAAAACCAAGUAAUGUGCUAGUUUCAUUUACUACACGGAAUUCACUGAGGAUGAUUUGAUAUUAGAUCGAAAACGUUCUGUUGUUUUACUCCAUUUGGAUGACUAUUUAAAAAUUUUAAUAUUUUAUACCAGUAUACAAAUCGAAGUUUUUACUUCUACCAGAGAACAAUAACCACAGAGAAACGACACGCCUUUGAUCUUUGGUGGCUAAGCCGCCAACGACACUUAAAGCAACCAGAGCGACCAUCGAAGCAAUAGUCAGUGGGCAUAUCACACAAUAUAAAUUCGUAAAUAAAAUUAAGCACUUAUGUUGACUUUCAAUAAAUAUAGAAUAUUGCACCGAGAAAAAAGUUGCGUACAGGGCCGGCUUUUGUUGGCAUUCUUUAUAAUAAUGGAAUUAUUUUUGAUUUACAAAAGGUUGCAAAUAUAUCGCACAAUGCAAAGUAAUGAUGAAAAUCAUAUUGAUUGGAACCAUAAAUGAAAAUACCUUUUUAUUUAUCCUGAUUUUGGCAUUGAAAGACCAAUAAUAAAAUAUACCUAUUUAUUACGGUAGGUGUGGCUUUCACUGAUUGUUUUUGGCUUGGGCUGAUACAAGAUAUAAUUUGUUCGUCGAGGUAUUUCCUAAAUUAUAUUUUUUAAUAUAGGUUAUCGAAAAAUAACACAGCCAUUGUAACGGCUACAGAAAUGUCACAAACUUUGAAAGUUCCAAUUCUCUUUGGGUGACAAAUGUUCGUUAUCGAUAACAAGAAACUUUAUGUUGAAAUCGAAUGUCAAUAUUGUUCUUGUCUUGGAAACCUAUCAAAAGUACAGUUUUCCUUUAAAGUCGAAUAUCGGAGCAAACGAAUAAAAACCCAAGAAGUACUGUAAGAGUAUAUUUCUAUAAAUAUAAAUAUACAACAAUCUAAAAAAUAAUAAAAAAAGUAUUAUACGAAUCGUUACAAUUACACCGAUUUGUAACAUUACAUACACUAUACAUUCAGUAUCAUUGUAAAUCCAGGAUGUCCACCGCUAUAAAAUGGCGGAUUACAUAUUUUUUCACAACUACUUCAACAUGGGUAUCAGAUGAAAGGGCUUGACUAUUAAUAAAGAGUUCAUUAUAGAAAAUCCAAAAUGGCCGCCAAAAAAUGGUGGGUUACAUAUUAAUUAAUUUCACAACUACUUCAAUAUGGGUAUCGAAUGAAAGGGCUUGACUACUAAUAAAGAGUUCAUUAUAGAAAAUCCAAAAUGGCCGCCAAAAAACGGUGGGUUAGAUAUUUAAUUUCACAACUACCUCAAUAUAGAUAUCAAAUGAAGGGGCUUGACUAGUAGAAAAGAGUUUAUUAUAGAAAAUCCAAAAUAGCUGCCAACAGAAUAGUGGAUUACAUAUUUUCGUUGGCAUACUGUUAUACCCCCAUCUACUGUUUUUUUUUUAAUUUUUAUUGACUUCUAAAAGGCAUUUGAUCGUGGUAAAUAUUUUAUAUUGAUCGAGGUUUUAAGAAUCAUUGGCAAGAUUUUCCCAAUUAUGUCUCCAACAAUUUUUAGUUUGAAUAGUAUUUUGAUUUUGUUUGCGUCGUGUAAAUCAGAAAUUGUCGUGUAUAGAACUCUUUAUAUAUUUUUAUUUAGUAAAAAUAUAAUAUCUUGGCAUGCGAUGACACCCGGACAACAUCUGUUUUGACCUAGUUGGCCCUUCGGAGACUUGCGUCUGUUAUGAAAUACAUGCACUGACACCAAAUUUAUUAUUUUUAUUUUGAAAUAGGUAUCCCUUGCUUGGCAGAGCGAAGUUUAGUUAUUUAUGCAUUACGUAGGGGUAAUGUAUACAAGGAAAUGAAUCACUUUCUUCAUGAUUUAUUAUCAAUAAUAUUUAAUCAAGUCAAAUUAAGACUAUUAGAUACCUAAUAACUAAUAUGUAAAAUUUACAAAGCAAUAACAAUUACGUGUUAUUAUUCUUAGGAAAUCUAAAUAAACUUAUUCCUCUUCCUGUCGCAGAGGAACAUCCGUGAACCACACACGAGUAACCAGACAUUUUAACUAUUAUAAUUAUUAUAUAAAUGCUCAAACAAACUUGUUAAGUCAAGUAUUUACCAUACACGCCUACGGACUAUCGUAAAACAACCAGAGUGACAGAAUUAGCAUGUGUUGGGAACACAUAAAGCAACCACGUUUUAAGUACAGUCGUGUCGUUUCUCUGUGGUUAUUGUUCUCUGCUUCUACAUAGUAUGUAAGUUUUAUAAAUAUUGUUGUUACAUCUUUUUUAUUUUUACUUCUCUCCAAUACAACGAUUCUAGUCACGAGAGGAGACUAUCUAUUUUAUAUUUGCAGAUUGGUUUGAAUAAAUUUUGAAAAAACA